AUGGCGGUGGCCAGGAAGAUCAAAACUUUGCUGACGGUCAACAUCCUGGUGUUCGUGGGCAUCAUCCUCUUCUCCGUGUACUGCCGCCUGCAGGACCGCUCAGAGGGGCUGGUGCAGAUCGUUCGCAGCGCCGACCGCCGGGUGCGCAGCCGGCACGCCAAGGUGGGCGCGCUGGCGGAGCGCGAAGCCAUCCUGCAGCGCCUCGACCACCUGGAGGAGGUAGUCUACAACCAGCUGAAUGGUCUUGCCAAGCCCAUUGGUCUGGUGGAGGGGCCAGGAGGCCUGGGCCAGGGUGGCAUGGCGGCCACCCUGCGGGAUGACAGCCAGGAGACGGAAGGCAAAUUCGAGGAAUACGGGUACAACGCACAGCUCAGCGACCGCAUCUCCCUGGACCGUACCAUCCCGGACUACAGGCCCAAAAAGUGCAGACAGAUGACCUACUCGGACGACCUGCCCCAGAUCUCUGUUGUGUUCAUCUUUGUCAAUGAAGCCCUCUCGGUCAUCCUGCGCUCCGUCCACAGUGUGGUCAACCACACACCCUCCCAGCUCCUCAAGGAGGUGAUCCUGGUGGAUGACAACAGUGAUAAUGUGGAACUCAAGCUCAACCUGGACCAAUAUGUCAGCAAGAGAUACCCAGGCCUGGUGAAGAUCGUCCGCAACAGCAGGCGGGAAGGCCUGAUCCGGGCACGGCUGCAGGGUUGGAAGGUCGCCACAGCCCCUGUCGUCGGCUUCUUCGAUGCCCAUGUGGAGUUCAGCACAGGCUGGGCCGAGCCCGCCCUUACGCGGAUCCGGGAGGACCGCCGGCGGAUCGUCCUGCCAGCCAUUGACAACAUCAAGUACGACACGUUCGAGGUGCAGCAGUACGCCAGCGCGGCCCACGGCUACAACUGGGGCCUCUGGUGCAUGUACAUCGUCCCGCCCCAGGACUGGCUGGACCGCGGCGACGAGGCGGCGCCCAUCAGGACCCCGGCCAUGAUCGGCUGCUCCUUCGUUGUGGACCGGGAGUACUUCGGGGACAUUGGUCUGCUGGACCCAGGCAUGGAAGUGUACGGUGGGGAGAACAUAGAGCUAGGCAUGAGGGUGUGGCAGUGCGGCGGCAGCAUGGAGGUGCUGCCCUGUUCCCGCGUGGCCCACAUCGAGCGCACCAAGAAGCCCUACAACAACGACAUCGACUACUACGCCAAACGCAACGCCCUGCGAGCGGCCGAGGUGUGGAUGGACGGCUUCAAGUCCCACGUGUACAUGGCCUGGAAUAUCCCCAUGACCAACCCGGGCGUGGACUUCGGGGACGUGUCCGAGCGGCUGGCCCUGCGCCAGAGGCUGAAGUGCCGCAGCUUCAAGUGGUACCUGGACAACGUGUACCCGGAGAUGAGGACAUACAACGACACCCUCACGUACGGAGAGGUGAGAAACAGCAAAGCCAGUGGCUACUGCUUAGACCAAGGAGCAGAGGACGAUGACCGCGCCAUCCUGUAUCCCUGCCACGGGAUGUCCUCCCAGCUGGUGCGGUACAGCGCCGAGGGCCUGCUGCAGCUGGGCCCCCUGGGCUCCACCGCCUUCCUGCCUGACUCCAAGUGCCUGGUGGAUGACGGCAGGGGCCGCACGCCCGCCCUGAAGAAGUGCGAGGAUGUGACCCGGCCCGCGCAGCGGCUGUGGGACUUCACCCAGGGCGGCCCCAUUGUGAGCAGAGACACGGGCCGGUGCCUGGAGGUGGAGAUGUCCAAGGAUGCCAACUUCGGGCUCCGCCUGGUGGUGCAGAGGUGCUCAGGACAGAAAUGGACCAUCAGAAACUGGAUCAAGCCAGGGCGGCACUGACCCCCAGCCUCACCCUGCGCCCCCACCCCAAUGAAGACUCCAAGGACCUGGGGCAGGUGUGGGGCCCCCCCACUCAAUCCACCACUCGAACCCAGAGGGCCUUGGUCGGGCCUGCACCACCUUGGGUACUGACUUCUCCAUGGCUGCUGGCGGGCCCUGUCACCUGGGACCCAGGGACCUCCCUAUGCUCUGGAGGCUGAUGCCGGGACCAGCCUCUCCUCCAGGAGCGCGGACCCCCCUCAGCUGGCGGCUCUGCCUGAGCGCGUCAGCUGACAGCCAACUCCAGCUCCAAAUCACGUGCCUUUUCUACGGUAUUCCUGUCCAGCCGCCCGCGGCCACUUCUUCUGCAUGUGCUGAGCCCCUGUCCAUCCCCCAGGCAGAAAUAGCCCCCUGUGAACUCUGAGCUCCUGAUGUCUCCAGCCCUGGGUGGGGCUGCCCCUGUGAGCAUCUCCACCUAAACCCUGGCUGGUGAGGGGAGCGGGGCAGCAACGGCUGCGGUGACAUCAAAGACAACCCCAAGGGCAGCGCCGGGUGAGGGGGCGGCUGUGACUGCUUUGGUCCAGGAAAGAGUGAUUAAACAUACAGACCUGACGUCUCAUCCACAGGUGUUGGUCGGCAGUCCGGGGAGGGACCCCUGUUCUAGCUGCUAACCCAGGGCCAGGCGCCUUCUCGUGUUAGUCUAAGGCAGGGGUCAGCAAACGAUAACCCAAGGCCCCUUGCCUAUUUUUAUAAAUAAAGUUUUAUUGGU